AUGAAUAAGUUGAUUAAGCUUGCUCAAUAUGAAAGCUUUUCAGAAGAGAUUAAAUUGUUAAGCUUUGGCAAACCUCUGAAAUCAAAGAGUAAUUUAUUAAGAUUAUCACCUUUCAUGGACCCAGUUGAUGGUUUACUAAGAAUAGAAGGAAUUUUGAAUUCCAGACCGUUGUAUCCGAUGUCUCCUGAUCCUAAUGAUUUCCAAUCCUUAACGCCGUCUCACUUUUUAAUUGGCAAAUCGUUAAUAACGAUUCCGGAUUCAAAUGUGAUGGAUUUACAAAUUGGAAGGCUGUCCAGAUAUCAACUACUUCAACAAAUUAAUCAACAGUUUUGGAAGAGGUGGUCAAGGGAUUAUCUGUCUCAGCUGCAACAAAAAUCCAAGUGGUCUCAACAGUCCAGUUCCUUAGCAGUUGGUGAUCUUGUUUUAGUCAAACAAGAUAAUCUUCCUCCAUAUCAGUGGUUACUUGCCAGAGUCGUUCAACUUCAUCCAGGAGAAGACAAUGUAGUGAGAGUUGCAACAGUUAAGACUAAAAAUGGAAUACUUAAACGAGCAGUAUCCAGAACCUUCGACGAAAUCGAGGAAGAAGGUGAUGAAGUCGAAGAAGAGAACCCUAUCGCGGAUAACUUGGAAGAACUUCAUAUCCAUGAGGUUUUGUUCAGUUUUGAAGACGAAGAACUCGCAAAACCUGGUCCAUCAGGGAUAGCGAAGCGAAGGAGAAUGCACUAA